AAAAAUUACCAAAAAUUACACAUGGUUGUGACCAGUGGUUGUAAAGUUUGGUCGUAAUUUGUUAAUUUAAGUCGUUUAUUUUUUUCUGCACGCAAUGAGCAAAACUGUUCUCUAUUCCUAUUUUCACAGCUCAUGUUCGUGGAGAGUACGUAUAGCUCUUGCUAUGAAAGAUGUUCAUUAUGAAUUAAUACCUGUCCAUUUGCUGAAGAAUGGAGGUGAACAGUUUUCCCAGGAAUAUAAAAGUCUAAAUCCUCUCAGUAUUUUGCCAACUCUGCAAAUUGAUGGUCACACAUUAACACAAUCAAUCAGCAUCUUGGAAUAUCUAGAGGAGACACGACCUAAUCCCCCUUUGUUGCCACCUGAUGCAUUUAGAAGAGCCAUGGCACGGCAAGUUGCUUUAAUAAUUGCUUGUGACAUUCAGCCUCUUCAGAAUCUUGGUACUUUAAAGAAGAUUGGCGAAGAAAGAAAAGUUGAGUGGGGACACUAUUGGAUUGACAAACGUUUUGAGGAUGUUGAAGAACUUCUAAAGAAAACGUGUGGAAAAUACUGUGUUGGUGACAAGGUGACAAUAGCUGAUGUUUGCCUAGUUCCGCAAGUUUUUAAUGCAAACAGGUUCAAAGUUGAUUUGACUAAGUUUCCUCGAAUUUCUGAAAUUAAUGAUCGUCUGAUGGAAUUAGAUGCUUUCAAAGUUACUCAUCCAUAUCGACAAACUGAUUGUCCAGAAAAUUUAAAAUUGGAUUAAAGCAAAAAUUAGGUUUGUGAACAUUUCACAGUUUUGCACCAUACAAUUUUAUCGUAGUAACAUGUGGAUUGAAUGAUUUUGUGUUCAGGCAAAUAAAAUUAAAUAAAUGUACUUAGUACGAGCCAGA